AUGGCUCCUUUGAAGAUUCUGCUGCUGACAGUUAUUUCUCUCCUCGUCGCUUCGGGAUCUCAGGGCGCCUCACCCGACACGGGACUACCACUCAAUCAGCACUCUGACUCCACCAAGAGGCUCCUGAGGACACACGACCGCUCAUACCGUGAUGGAAAUGACGAAGAGAGAGGUGUCACUGCCGGUUUAGAACAACUCUCAAAUUCCUUGAAGUCAACUACUACCAAGCGGCUCAAGACGUGGCUCGAGGCUGGAAAAUCCACCGAUGACGUCUUCAAGCUUCUAACGCUCGACAACAUAGCUGACGAUCUGCUAGCUAACCCGCAACUACAAGCCUGGAUUAACUACAUGAGGCUCUUCAACUCCAAGAAUCCUAAGCAACAAACUACUCUAAUCAAGACACUCACGUCGCACUACGGCGACGACGGUGUGGCCAAGAUAAUCGAGACAGCGAAGCAGGUCCCUGCGACUGCGACUGUCGCCAAACGCCUACAGACAGAGCAGAUCCAGCGCUGGAUCACUCAGGAUAUAUCCCCAGACGACGUGUUCAAGUUGCUGAAGCUUAAUAAGGCGGGAGACAAGCUUUUCGAACAGCCUCAAGUGGUCACCUGGGCAAAGUACUUGGACGAUUUCAACAAGGUGCACCCUGACCAAAAAACAACUCUCAUCUCCACGUUGACAAAAUACGAUGAACAAACCAUGGUGGAUAUGCUGGUCGCUGCGCAUAAGGUCCCAACUACGGAGCAAAUUGCAGUGCGAAUCGAAGCAGACUUGACUAACGCAUGGCUUACGAAGCAGAAGUCCCCCACUGAUAUAUUCAAGAUGCUGAAGCUGAAUACGGAAGGUGACACUCUUCUGGAGAACUCACUGUUUAUCGCGUGGACGAAGUACACGGACUAUUACAACUUAAUGUACCACAAGGAGACUAUACCUGUGAUUUCGACCUUGACAAAGUAUUUUUCGAAUAAAAAUCUGGCAAGCAUGCUCGUUGCUGCAAGCAAAAACCCGAACUCAGAGGAUCUAGCGACGCAAUUGCAACGGGAUUUACUUAAGUAUUGGUUAAGCGAGGGGAAUGCACCAAGCUACGUUUUCAGACGAUUGCAGCUUGAAAAAACAGGGGAAAAGUUGUUCGACAGUCCCAUUCUCAACACCUGGGUGCUGUACGUCGAAUACUUCAGAAAGGAAAACCCCACGCGAAAAGUGAACAUGCUCUCGAUAUUGAAGGAGCACUACAAACACGAUGGUGUUCUAGCAAAUAUGCUGGUGGAGGCAACAAAGGUCGACAGCACUCAGAAAAUCGCUGCUAACUUACUGGAUUCUCUCACUCUCCGUUGGAUGUACAACAAGAAACCCCCAACCUCUGUCUACAAAUGGCUUCGAGUUCAAGACCGACCAGAAGACACGGCGGUUUGGAGGAUUUACAGUAACUACGACGAGUUGUACAAGUUAAAAUAUGCAGCUUGA